AUCUGUUAUCAAUUAAAAUUUUUUUACAGGUUAUGCUUCCAUGCAGUAAAGCUGGAACUUUGUACGCUAUCGAUAUUGAAUCAGUCAACGGUGGAAUUCCUUAUGCAGAUACGUUUUCAGUGUCCAUCCACUACUGUCUGAAGCGAGUAUCAGAAUCACAGACUUCCCUACUUGUUUGCGCACAAAUUAAAUAUAAGAAAACAGUUUGGGGAUUGGUAAAAGGUUUCAUAGAGAAGAAUUGCUGGCAAGGGCUUGAAGAUUAUUUCAAAUCGCUUAGUAAAGCUCUAUACACAGAAAGUGAAGAGAUCAUACCUACUUUGAAACGGAAGUCGAGAAGACGAAGAUUGGUACGUGCCAUACCAAGGUCGGACGCUGAAAUUGUUCAUCCUGCAAUUAGUGCUCGUUCUAGUGUUAAGGUGUCAUCUAGUGGUAUAUUUUCCUCAGAUUUAGCAACGUUAAUAGUCUUUGGUGUACUUAUUUUGUUAGUAGUCUUAAAUGUGAUGCUGUAUUACAAAUUAUGGUUGUUGGAGGAUAUGCCACCGUACACAUUAUUAGAUUUACACGUUUUAAAAGAUCCACCAACAUCCCACGAUGAAUGGAUAAAAUUACUACAAAAACAAGAAACUCUUCAUUCCCUUGAAAUGCAAAGGUGGCAGAAAGUAUUAAAAACUUCCAUACAAUUAUUGAAACAGAUUGAGGAGUCAUUAAAUGAACUUCAACAUUCUAUACAUCCAACAUACACGAGUAAGAUAAUGUCUAUUAUACAAAACCAUAAAGAUGCCGUUGAUAAAGUGCAAGAAGAAUUAUAAAAAUGCUGGUCUGCGAUAAUUGUAUUAUAGUUAUUACUACGCACUGUAUUAUUUUAUAAUAUUAUGGUAGCGUAUACCUAUCGUUCCUUUUUACAUUAGUUAAUUUUUAAGUAUAAAAUCUAUGUAAAUAAAAGUUAUUGCUCUUUCUUCUAAAUUAUAAGUGUGCUAAUCUGUUAAUUGCUGCAAUGUCAUGUGGAUUUGCAUAGGCAUGUGCUGCAUUUUUUUACAGAGUUGUGAUAUGCACUUUUAAUGGGUGGGACAGAUAUUCUCCUAGUGGUGCUUUGUAGUUUAGAAAUUAUCAACAAAAUAUAAUUUUUUGUAGAACUCGA